UGCUUCCUCUCAGCAGUAUUCUAUCUUUCUUUCAUUUCUAAUGCCAAAGAAACUUCAAUUUGCCCAUUUAAUUCCAUUUAUCAGUUUGGUGACUCCCUUGCUGACACCGGAAACCGAAUUUGUAUCCCUGGGGCUCCUCCAACAUUCCAUGCUGAUCGUCUUCCUUAUGGUGAAACACACUUUGGCAAGCCUACUGGCAGCUUUUCAAAUGGCCUUAUAAUGAUUGACUACAUUGCAAUGGCUCUUAAGCUUCCUCUCCUUAUUGUCUCUUAAGCUUCCUCUCCUUAAUCCUUACUUAUCAACAAACUCUUCUUUCGUACAUGGUGUCAACUUUGCUAUGGCAGGAAGUACGACCCUUGACAAGUCAUUCUUCGAUCAAAUAAACAUUAGUAUCCAAUCAUUUAACCCUAUCCUAAGUUUUCAAAUCGAGUGGUUCAGAAAUCACCUUUAUUCUACAUGUAGAAAUCCAUCAAGGUGUGCUAAGAAGCUUCGAAAUGCACUCGUUAGUGUUGGUGCUUUUGGUGGGAAUAAUUAUUUCACUGCCUUCUCUCGUGGAAAAUCCAUUGAAGAGGCUAAAACAUUUGUCCCAUUUACUGUCAAUGCCAUCGUUGAAGGGAUCAAAGAAAUUGUUAAGUUAGGGGUGAAGCGGAUAGUUGUCUCAGGAGUCUCCCCAUUUGGCUGCUUGCCAUCACUACUGACUUCAUACCCGAGCUUCAAUCCCAAGGCUUACAACGACUUUGGAUGUUUGAGAGAGUAUAAUAAGUUUGCAUCAUUUCACAAUGACUAUCUUCGAGAUACACUAUCGUUGGUCAGUCGUCAGUUCUCAAAUGUUGUCAUCCUCUAUGCGGACUAUUACGGAGCUUUUCUGUCUGUUUUUCGAAGUGCAUAUUAUCUUGGAAUAGAUCGUGAAUCAUUACUUAAAGCGUGUUGUGGAAUUGGAGGAAAAUACAACUUUGAUGGGAAGAAAACAUGUGGAUCGCCGGAGAGUUCAGUUUGCUCUGACCCUUCAUGUUUCAUGAAUUGGGACGGUGUACAUCUAACCCAAAGUGCAUAUUGUCAUAUUUUGGAGGUUCUCAUCGCUGAUAUCUUAUCGAACAUUGAUUGUAUAUGGUGAAUGAAAAUUAUUAGUCAUAAAUUUCCAGAUCCCAAAUACAUGUCUUCGAUAUGGAGACAGAACUCUUGCCUGUUCUAUUUCAUCCAUUUUAUCAGAAGUACUA